UUAAAUUAUGUGAACCCCCAAGCCACCCACCCCCCGCAAACAUUAUUUAGUGCAAACAGUGGCUGUGGCUCAUUCUUGUGAAGUCACAACAGCCACUCAUUCAACUAAUCUUAAACCAUAUUCUUUGUCAAAACAUGGGACAAAGCGUGCUAAGAGCUUUGAACGUGCGAGUGGUGGGCUCUGGUGAGAAUAUCCUCGUCUUAGCCCAUGGCUUAGGCACUGAUCAAUCCGCAUGGCAGCGCAUUCUGCCGUUUUUCUUGCACGAUUAUCGUAUCGUGCUCUAUGACCUCGUCUGUGCCGGCAGUGUUAACCCUGAUUUCUUUGAUUUCCGCCGUUACACCUCCCUCGACGCGCACGUCGAUGACCUCCUCAACAUACUUGACGCGCUUGAGAUCAACCAGUGCGCCCAUGUCGGCCACUCCGUCUCGGCCAUGAUCGGGAUUCUUGCCGCCAUUAAACGCCCUGAGCUCUUCACUAAGCUUAUCCUUAUCGGUGCCACUCCAAGGUUCUUGAAUGAUAAAGACUACCACGGCGGAUUCGAACACGAAGAAAUUGAGGAAGUGUUCUCCGCAAUGGAGGCUAAUUACGAAGCGUGGGUCAACGGUUUUGCUCCGCUGGCGGUGGGGGCGGAUGUUCCGGCGGCCGUCCAAGAAUUCAGCCGCACUUUGUUCAAUAUGAGGCCAGACAUAACGCUGUUCGUCGCUCGCACAGUAUUUAAUAGUGAUCUGAGGGGAGUACUAGGCCUAGUAAAAGUGCCAUGUUCGAUAAUUCAGACCACCAGGGAUGCUUCUGUCCCGACAUCGGUGGCGACGUACCUAAAGAGCCACCUCGGAGGGCGGAGCACGGUGCAUAUGUUGAACGUGGAGGGGCAUUUGCCACACCUGAGUGCACCAACUUUGUUGGCUCGUGAACUCCGGCGAGCUCUAGCCCGGUGAUGUGAAGUUGGUCCAAUAGUUGUAUUGCAACGCAUGGGAAUAUAUGUAAACGUGGCGAAUAUGCUUUGGACAUGAAUCAUAUCUAGCGUUUGGGUUUAUCUGAUUUUUGCAGAAAAGGAAUAAGAAUCUUCACGUGACUUUCACGUGUUGCGUCCCCCUUUUUCUGGUUUUA